AUGCAGCGAAGUAACUCCAUCGCGAGUGAUGAGUCCGAUUUGUCUGGUGCUGGCGAGCUCUCUAAUGUUUCCGAGAACUCUGAUGUUUCCAAGCAUUCUGAUGUUUCCAAGAACUCUGAUGUUUCCGAGCAUUCUGAUGUCUCCACCCACGUCUCGGUGCCUUCGUCCCCGACUGAGAGGCGGAAACUAGUACCGCAGAUUCCCAAGAAAAGGCGAGCCGGCAAGAGGAAAACAAAGGUCAGUGAACUCUUUGUCGAUUGGGUGCCGAAGGUGAAUGUUCCUCCACCGAACGCUGCAUAUGGAACGAAGCCAUAUCCAGGUCCCGGGGGCCCUAAACCACACCUUGACUCCCCCCCUGCCAGGACUAGCAAUGCUGCAACCAAGAUCCCCUUGUGGGAGGACAGGAAGUGGAAGUUCAAGAAGGGUGGGCGUUACCAGAAUACUUUCUACGAUGAGAAUUAUGUUAAGUAUCUAGACGAGGAUGAGCUUGAAGAAGCACAGCUAGAUCAAGAGAACAAUCUUAUUAUGUCCUUGGUAGAUAUGAGGCCAAUAUCGCUCAAGGACCAGAAUCCUCGACGAGCACCAGCCUACUAUGCCUACGAAGGCAUACCCAAAGACUGGAAUGAUAAGGCAAUGCUCCACACCCUGAACGACCGCAGGCGAGACGCCAUCCGUCGCAUCACCGAAGACCCUCCGUACGCACAAAUUGAGCGUGAGUAUCUGGUAAGGCUUCUCACAGACCACCCAGACGCUUCAAUUACCGAGCUAGCAGAGCGAUUCAACUAUCGCUUCGCCGGCGACAUCAAGGAGUCAACGGCAUUCUACUUCGGCGAAUUGUACGAAAAGCGUACCCUUGAAAGCGUUCGCGCUGAGUACCUUGAGCACAAGCCUUUGUACGAUCGGGGUAUAGUGCCAUGCCCAAAACGACCCGAAAAUGACAAGAUCGCUAAGAAGUAUCAACAGCAAAGGAUAGAUGAGCAGAAAACCCGGGAAAACUUCUUUUGGAGGCUUCACAGGAUGGAUGUCGAUAGCGUGACUGGCGAACGGUCCGCUGAAGCUCUUGAGCUCUUCAAAAGCACCUUUGGUCACGAAUUCGACCAACCACCAAAGCCCAAACGGGUGAACAAGAAGCCGAAGAUUUUGACUCCUUUGGAGAGAUUUACAGGCCUAUUGGCUAGGGCAAAAGCUAUCAAACAGCAAGAAGAGGCCGCCAAAGGUAAACGUAGGGCAUCAGCUUAG